AUGCGGAUGAUUGAAACUCUAGAUCAGAAAAUUCAUAACACUAUUGAAGCCUGUCUAUCUCCGAUGAAUCAGAAGAUAGAUGACUUCAUACUAUCCUUAUCCAAUCUAGAUGAGCAAGUUCAACAUCAACUGGAUUCGUUAAGAUCUAACAUAGAAAAUCUAUCAAAAUCCAAUUAUGAGAAAAACAAUAGCUCAUCAGGUGACAUAUCUUCCCUUCAGAAGACUGUUCAGUUGCUAGUCGAUGAAGUCAAGGCUAUCAAGCAAGAAUUUUCCACUUCUGAUCUAUGUGCUCUCCAACAAAAGGUUUCAUCAACUAAUUCCAAACUUGAAUUGAUCUUAGCAAAGCUAUCUGGUUCAAAUGAGAGGCCACCUGAAGCAGAGAAGGAAAAGGUCCAAAAGACUAGAUCAAGUCAGUCUUCUAUGAUACACCAAAUUCCAAACUUACCACACGAGUUUGAGAAAAGGAUAUAUGAGAAAAUACAGUCACUUGACAAAAUGGUUGCUAAUGCACGACCAAAGACUCAACAGAACACAACAAAGAUAGCUGAGAAAGACAAGGAACUAAUUCGUCAACAAGGUAUCAAAGAUCCAUCUCUAAAAGUUCUAAGAAGAAAAGAUGUCCACUUCUCCAAACCUAUCAUCAUAUUGGAACCAACCACUCAAUCAAAGCUUUCUCAAGAUGAUCCCAAGGAUAAGGGAAAACAUAAGAUUAUCUUCAAGUCUAAGAAGGAAUUAGCUAAAGAAACUCAAAUGAAGAUAGAUGAAGAAUUAGCUAAGAAACUGAAGGGUAAGGAAUUAAAUUCUAAACAAGAGGUGGUUUGCAAAGGAAAUCUUCAGAGAUCUCGACUAAAGAAAGGACUACAUGGGAUGAUGAGCAAUUUAGAGUUUCUUCACCUAAAGUAA